AUGAGACCAACACCUGUAACUAACUUUGUUGUGGUCAGUGUUACAUCCUCGUCAAUAUUCGUAUCAUGGACUGCAGUACCAGGUGACCAGAUUAGCUAUAGGUUACAAGCUGUAGGACCUACUAAUUCAACUAUAACAACAUCUGCAACAAGUUACAAGAUGACAGGACUUGUUUCUGCAUCACAGUACAACCUCAGCAUCUUAGCGAUAGCAGCAGACAAUGCAACCAUUUCAGAUGUGACUUCUAUCAUUAGAUAUACAUCACCUAGUGAUGUAACCCAACCAUCUGUUGUCAAUGUCACAGCUACAUCUGUGUUUGUGUCAUGGGGAACUCCUCCUGGUAAUCAGAUUUCCUACAGAAUACAAAUUACAGGGCCUCCAUCAUCAUCUCUGACAGUCACCACUCCUUAUGUCAGCUUGCCGGGACUGAACCCUGGCAGUGCCUACACCUUCGCGAUCACACCUGUAGCUGCAGACAAUGUAACACUGGGGAAUCCAGUCACUUUGUCCAUAUUUACAAAACCAGUACCUGUCAGCAGCCUGACUGUCCUCUCUGCUACAACCUCUUCGAUCUCCUUAUCAUGGGGUGCAGUACAAGGCAGUCAGAUUACAUACAGACUACAGGCUGUGGGACCAUCUAAUUCAUCCACUACAGUAUCGGCAACAAGUACCACUUUGUCAGGACUUGUUUCUGGUUCCAGGUAUAACAUCAGCAUCAUAGCAGUCGCUGCAGACAACAUAACAUCGUCAGAUGCAACUUCUACUACUAGAUAUACAAGACCCACAUCUGUAACUAACUUUGCUGUGGUCAGUUCUACAUCCUCAUCAAUAUACUUAUUAUGGACUGGAGUACAAGGUGACCAGAUUAGCUAUAGGUUACAAGCUGUAGGACCUACUAAUUCAACUAUAACAACAUCUGCAACAAGUUACAACAUGACAGGACUUGUUUCUGCAUCACAGUACAACCUCAGCAUCUUAUCAGUUGAUGCAGACAAUUCAACAGUUUCAGAUGUCACUUCUAUCAGUGGAUUUACUUCACCUGGCGAUAUACCCCAGCCUUCAGUUGUCAAUGCCACGGCUACUUCUGUGUUUGUAUCAUGGGGAACACCUCCUGGUAAUCAGAUUUCCUACAGAAUUCAGGUUAUAGGGCCUCCAUCAUCAUCUCUGACAGUCAACACUCCUUAUGUCAGCUUGUCGGGACUGAACCCUGGCAGUGCCUACACCAUCACAUUGACUCCGGUAGCUGCAGACAAUGUAACACUGGGGAAUCCAGUCACCUUUUCUGUAUAUACAAAACCAGUACCUGUCACUAGCCUAAAUGUCACCUCUGCUACAACCUCUUCGAUCUCCUUAUCAUGGUCUGCAGUACAAGGCAUCCAAAUUACAUACCGACUACAGGCUGUGGGACCAUCUAAUUCAUCCACUACAGUAUCAACAACAAGUGCUACUUUGUCAGGACUUGUUUCUGGCUCCAAGUACAACAUCAGCAUCAUAGCAGUCGCUGCAGAUAACGUAACCUCAUCAGAUGCUGCUUCUGCUACUGGAUAUACAAAACCAGCACCAGUAACUAACUUUGUUGUUGUUAAUGCUACAUCCUCAAUAAUAUACUUAUCAUGGGCUGCGGUACCAGGUGACCAGAUUAGAUAUAGGAUCCAAGCUGUAGGACCUAUUAAUUCAACUAUAACAACAUCUGCAACAAGUUACAACAUGACAGGACUUGCUUCUGCAAUGCAGUACAACCUCAGUAUCAUUGCAAUAGAUGCAGACAAUUCAACUGUUUCAGAUGUCACUUCCAUUGUUGGCUAUACAUCACCUGGUGAUGUAACCCAGCCAUCUGUUGUCAAUGCCACGGCUACAUCUGUGUUUGUAUCAUGGGGAACUCCACCUGGUAAUCAGAUUUCCUACAGACUACAGGUUACAGGGCCUCCAUCAUCAUCUCUGACAGUCACCACUCCUUAUGUCAGCUUGUCGGGACUGAACCCUGGCAGUGCUUACACCAUCACGAUCACACCUGUAGCUGCAGACAAUGUAACACAGGGGAAUCCAGCCACUUUGUUUGUAUUUACAAAACCAGUACCUGUCAUCAGCCUAACUGUCACCUCUGCUACAACCUCUUCGAUCUCCUUAUCAUGGGGUGCAGUACAAGGUAGCCAGAUUACAUACAGACUGCAGGCUGUGGGGCCAUCUAAUGCAUCCACUACAGUAUCAACAACAAGUGCCACUUUGUCAGGACUUGUUUCUGGUUCCAGGUACAACAUCAGCAUCGUGGCAGUAGCUGCAGACAAUGUAACAUCAUCAGAUGCUGCUUCUGCUACUGGAUACACAAGACCAGCAACAGUAACUAACUUUGCUGUUGUCAAUGCUACAUCCUCAACAAUAUACUUAUCAUGGACCGCAGUACCAGGUGACCAGAUUAGUUACAGGAUACAGACUGCAGGGCCUUCUAGUUCAAAUAUCACAACAUCUGCAACACGUAUCAGCAUGACAGGACUUGUUUCUGCAUCACAGUACAACUUCAGCAUUUUAGCUGUUGCUGCAGACAGCUCAACAGUUUCAGACGUAACUUCCAUCACUGGAUACACAUCACCUGGUGAUAUAACCCAACCAUCUGUUGUCAAUGCCACGGCUACAUCUGUGUUUAUAUCAUGGGGAACCCCUCCUGGUAAUCAGAUUUCCUACAGAAUACAGGUUACAGGGGCUCCAUCAUCAUCUCUGACGGUCACCACUCCUUCAGUCAGCUUGUCGGGACUGAACUCUGGCAGUGCCUACGCCAUCACGAUCACUCCUGUUGCUGCAGACAAUGUAACACUGGGGAAUCCAGCCACUUUGUCCAUAUUUACAAAACCAGUAGCUGUCACCAGCCUAAAUGUCACCUCUGCUACAACCUCUUCGAUCUCCUUAUCAUGGGCUGCAGUACAAGGCAGCCAGAUUACAUACAGACUACAGGCUGUGGGACCAUCUAAUUCAUCCACUACAGUAUCAACAACAAGUACCACUUUAUUAGGACUUGUUUCUGGCUCCAAGUACAACAUCAGCAUCACAGCAGUCGCUGCAGAUAACGUAACCUCAUCAGAUGCUGCUUCUGCUACUGGAUAUACAAGACCGGCACCGGUAACUAACUUUGUUGUUGUCAAUGCUACAUCCUCAACAAUAUACUUAUCAUGGACUGCAGUACCAGGUGACCAAAUUAGUUACAAGAUACAGACUGCAGGGCCUUCUAGUUCAAAUAUCACAACAUCUGCAACACGUAUCAGCAUGACAGGACUUGUUUCUGCAUCACAGUACAACUUCAGCAUUUUAGCUGUUGCUGCAGACAAUUCAACAGUUUCAGAUGUAACAUUUGUCACUGGAUACACAUCACCUGGUGAUGUAACCCAACCAUCUGUUGUCAAUGCAACGGCUACAUCUGUAUUUGUAUCAUGGGGAACACCUCCUGGUAAUCAGAUUUCCUACAGAAUACAAGUUACAGGGCCUCCAUCAUCAUAUCUGACAGUCACCACUCCUUAUGUCAGCUUGUCUGGACUGAACCCUAGCAGUGCCUACAUCAUCACGAUCACACCUGUAGCUGCAGACAAUGUAACACUGGGGAAUCCAGUCAUUUUGUCCAUAUUUACAAAACCAGUAGCUGUCACCAGCCUAAAUGUCACCUCUGCUACAACCUCUUCGAUCUCCUUAUCAUGGGGUGCAGUACAAGGCAGCCAGAUUACAUACAGACUACAGGCUGUGGGGCCAUCUAAUUCAUCCACUACAGUAUCAACAACAAGCACCACUUUGUCAGGACUUGUUUCUGGUUCCAGGUAUAACAUCAGCAUCAUAGCAGUGGCUGCAGACAACGUAACAUCAUCAGAUGCUGCUUCAGCUACUGCAUAUACAAGACCAGCACCAGUAACUAACUUUGUUGUUGUCAAUGCUACAUCCUCAACAAUAUACUUAUCAUGGACUGCAGUACCAGGUGACCAGAUUAGUUACAGGAUACAGACUGCAGGGCCUUUUAGUUCCAAUAUCACAACAUCUGCAACACGUAUCAGCAUGACAGGACUUGUUUCUGCAUCCCAGUACAACUUCAGCAUUUUAGCUGUUGCUGCAGACAAUUCAACAGUUUCAGAUGUAACUUCCGUCACUGGAUACACAUCACCUGGUGAUGUAAUUCGACCAUCUGUUGUUAAUGCCACGGCUACAUCUGUGUUUGUAUCAUGGGGAACACCUCCUGGUAAUCAGAUUUCCUACAGAAUACAGGUUACAGGGCCUCCAUCAUCAUCUCUGACAGUCACCACUCCUUAUGUCAGCUUGCCGGGACUGAACCCUGGCAGUGCCUACACCAUCUCGAUCUCACCUGUAGCUGCAGACAACAUAACACUUGGGAAUCCAGCCACUUUGUCCAUAUUUACAAAACCAGUACCUGUCACCAGCCUAAAUGUCACCUCUGCUACAACCUCUUCGAUCUCCUUAUCAUGGGGUGCAGUACAAGGCAGCCAGAUAACAUACAGACUACAGGCUGUGGGGCCAUCUAAUUCAUCCACUACAGUAUCAACAACAAGUGCCACUUUGUCAGGACUUGUUUCUGGUUCCAGGUACAACAUCAGCAUCAUAGCAGUCGCUGCAGACAAUGUAACUUCAUCAGAUGCUGCUUCUGCUACUGGAUAUACAAGACCAGCACCAGUAACUAACUUUGCUGUUGUCAAUGCUACAUCCUCAACAAUAUACUUAUCAUGGAGUGCAGUACCAGGUGACCAGAUUAGUUACAGGAUACAGACUGCAGGGCCUUCUAGUUCAAACAUCACAACAUCUGCAACACGUAUCAGCAUGACAGGACUUGUUUCUGCAUCACAGUACAACUUCAGCAUUUUAGCUGUUGCUGCAGACAAUUCAACAGUUUCAGAUGUAACUUCUGCCACUGGAUACACAUCACCUGGUGAUGUAACCCAACUUUCUGUUGUCAAUGCCACUGCUACAUCUGUGUUUGUGUCAUGGGGAACACCUCCUGGUAAUCAGAUUUCCUACAGAAUACAGAUUACAGGGCCUCCAUCAUCAUCUCUGACAGUCACCACUCCUUAUGUCAGCUUGCCGGGACUGAACCCUGGCAGUGCCUACACCAUCACAAUCACACCUGUAGCUGCAGACAAUGUAACACUGGGAAAUCCAGCCACUUUGUCCAUAUUUACAAAACCAGUACCUGUCACCAGCCUAACUGUCACCUCUUCCUCAACCUCUUCGAUCUCCUUAUCAUGGGGUGCAGUACAAGGCAGCCAGAUUACAUACAGACUACAGGCUGUGGGACCAUCUAAUGCAUCCACUACAGUAUCAACAACAAGUGCCACUUUAUCAGGACUUGUUUCUGGCUCCAAGUACAACAUCAGCAUUGUGGCAGUCGCUGCAGACAACGUAACAUCAUCAGAUGGUGCUUCUGCUGCAGGAUAUACAAGACCAGCACCAGUAACUAACUUUGUUGUUGUCAAUGCUACAUCCUCAACAAUAUACUUAUCAUGGACUGCAGUACCAGGUGACCAGAUUAGUUACAGGAUACAAACUGCAGGGCCUUCUAGUUCAAAUAUCACAACAUCUGCAACACGUAUCAGCAUGACAGGACUUGUUUCUGCAUCACAGUACAACUUCAGCAUUUUAGCUGUUGCUGCAGACAAUUCAACAGUUUCAGAUGUAACUUCCAUCACAGGAUACACAUCACCUGGUGAUGUAACCCAACCAUCCGUUGUCAAUGCCACGGCUACAUCUGUGUUUGUGUCAUGGGGAACACCUCCUGGUAAUCAGAUUUCCUACAGAAUACAGAUUACAGGGCCUCCAUCAUCAUCUCUGACAGUCACCACUCCUUAUGUCAGCUUGUCGGGACUGAACCCUGGCAGUGCCUACAACAUCUCGAUCACACCUGUAGCUGCAGACAAUGUAACACUGGGGAAUCCAGCCACUUUGUCCAUAUUUACAAAACCAGUACCUGUCACCAGCCUAAAUGUCACCUCUGCUACAACCUCUUCCAUCUCCUUAUCAUGGGGUGCAGUACAAGGCAGCCAGAUCACGUACCGACUACAGGCUGUGGGACCAUCUAAUUCAUCCACUACAGUAUCAACCACAAGUACCACUUUGUCAGGACUUGUUUCUGGCUUCAGAUACAGCAUCAGCAUUGUGGCAGUUGCUGCAGACAAUGUAACAUUAUCCGAUGCUGCUUCUGCUACUGGAUAUACAAGACCAGCACCAGUAACUAACUUUGUUGUUGUCAAUGCUACAUCCUCAACAAUAUACUUAUCAUGGACUGCAGUACCUGGUGACCAGAUUAGUUACAGGAUACAGACUGCAGGGCCUUCUAGUUCAAACAUCACAACAUCUGCAACACGUAUCAGCAUGACAGGACUUGUUUCUGCAUCACAGUACAACUUCAGCAUUUUAGCUGUUGCUGCAGACAAUUCAACAGUUUCAGACGUAACUUACGUCACUGGAUACACAUCACCAAGUGAUGUAACGCUACCAACUGUUGUUAAUGCCACGGCUACAUCUGUGUUUGUGUCAUGGGGAACACCUCCUGGUAAUCAGAUUUCCUACAGAAUACAGAUUACAGGGCCUCCAUCAUCAUCUCUGACAGUCACCACUCCUUACGUCAGCUUGUUGGGACUGAACCCUGGCAGUCCCUACACCAUCACGAUCACACCUGUAGCUGCAGACAAUGUAACACUGGGAAAUCCAGCCACUUUGUCCAUAUUUACAAAACCAGUACCUGUCACCAGCCUAACUGUCACCUCUGCUACAACCUCUUUGAUCUCCUUAUCAUGGGGUGCAGUACAAGGCAGCCAGAUUACAUACAGACUACAGGCUGUGGGGCCAUCUAAUUCAUCCACUACAGUAUCAACAACAAGCACCAGUUUGUCAGGACUUGUUUCUGGUUCCAGGUAUAACAUCAGCAUCAUAGCAAUUGCUGCAGACAACGUAACAUCGUCAGAUGCUACUUCUGCUACUGGAUAUACAAGACCAGCACCAGUAACUAACUUUGUUGUGGUCAAUGCUACAUCCUCAACAAUAUACUUAUCAUGGAGUGCAGUACCAGGUGACCAGAUUAGUUACAGGAUACAGACUGCAGGGCCUUCUAGUUCCAAUAUUACAACAUUUGCAACACGUAUCAGCAUGACAGGACUUGUUUCUGCAUCACAGUACAACUUCAGCAUUUUAGCUGUUGCUGCAGACAAUUCAACAGUUUCAGAUGUAACUUCUGUCACUGGAUACACAUCACCUAGUGAUGUAACCCGACCAUCUGUUGUCAAUGCCACGACUACAUCUGUGUUUGUAUCAUGGGGAACACCUCCUGGUAAUCAGAUUUCCUACAGAAUACAGAUUACAGGUCCUCCAUCAUCAUCUUUGACAGUCACCACUUCUUAUGUCAGCUUGUCUGGACUGAACCCUAGCAGUGCCUACAUCAUCACGAUCACACCUGUAGCUGCAGACAAUGUAACACUGGGGAAUCCAGCCACCUUGUCCAUAUUUACAAAACCAGUACCUGUCACCAGCCUAAAUGUCACCUCUACUACAACCUCUUCGAUCUCCUUAUCAUGGGGUGCAGUACAAGGCAGCCAGAUUACAUACAGACUACAGGGUGUGGGACCAUCUAAUUCAUCCACUACAGUAUCAACAACAAGUACCACUUUAUUAGGACUUGUUUCUGGCUCCAAGUACAACAUCAGCAUCAUAGCAGUCGCUGCAGAUAACAUAACAUCGUCAGAUGCUGCUUCUGCUACUGGAUAUACAAGACCAGCACCAGUAACUAACUUUGUUGUUGUCAAUGCUACAUCCUCAACAAUAUACUUAUCAUGGACUGCAGUACCAGGUGACCAGAUUAGUUACAGGAUACAGACUGCAGGGCCUACUAGUUCAAAUAUCACAACAUCUGCAACACGUAUCAGCAUGACAGGACUUGUUUCUGCAUCACAGUACAACUUCAGCAUUUUAGCUGUUGCUGCAGACAAUUCAACAGUUUCAGAUGUAACUUCCAUCACUGGAUACACAUCACCUGGUGAUGUAACCCAACCAUCUGUUGUCAAUGCCACGACUACAUCUGUAUUUGUAUCAUGGGGAACACCUCCUGGUAAUCAGAUUUCCUACAGAAUACAGGUUACAGGGCCUCCACCAUCAUCUCUGACAGUCACCACUCCUUAUGUCAGCUUGUUGGGACUGAACCCUGGCAGUACCUACACCAUUACUAUCACACCUGUAGCUGCAGACAAUGUAACACUGGGAAAUCCAGCCACUUUAUCCAUAUUUACAAAACCAGUACCUGUCACCAGCCUAACUGUCACCUCUGCUACAACAUCUUCGAUCUCCUUAUCAUGGGGUGCAGUACAAGGCAUCCAGAUUACAUACAGACUACAGGCUCUGGGACCAUCUAAUUCAUCCACUACAGUAUCGGCAACAAGUACCACUUUGUCAGGACUUGUUUCUGGUUCCAGGUACAACAUCAGCAUUGUGGCAGUCGCUGCAGACAACGUAACAUCAUCAGAUGCUGCUUCUGCUACAGGAUAUACAAGACCAGCACCAGUAACUAACUUUGUUGUUGUCAAUGCUACAUCCUCAACAAUAUACUUAUCAUGGAGUGCAGUACCAGGUGACCAGAUUAGUUACAGGAUACAGACUGCAGGGCCUUCUAGUUCAAACAUCACAACAUCUGCAACACGUAUCAGCAUGACAGGACUUGUUUCUGCAUCACAGUACAACUUCAGCAUUUUAGCUGUUGCUGCAGACAAUUCAACAGUUUCAGAUGUAACUUCUGCCACUGGAUACACAUCACCUGGUGAUAUAACCCAACCUUCUGUUGUUAAUGCCACGGCUACAUCUGUGUUUGUAUCAUGGGGAACACCUCCUGGUAAUCAGAUUUCCUACAGAAUACAGGUUACAGGGCCUCCAUCAUCAUCUCUGACAGUCACCACUACUUAUGUCAGCUUGUCGGGACUGAAUCCUGCCAGUGCCUACACCAUCACGAUCACUCCUGUAGCUGCAGACAAUGUAACACUGGGGAAUCCAGCCACCUUGUCCAUAUUUACAAAACCGGUACCUGUCAUCAGCCUAACUGUCACCUCUGCUACAACCUCUUCGAUCUCCUUAUCAUGGGGUGCAGUACAAGGCAGCCAGAUUACGUAUAGACUACAGGCUGUGGGACCGUCUAAUGCAUCCACUACAGUAUCAACAACAAGUGCCACUUUGUCAGGACUUGUUUCUGGUUCCAGGUACAACAUCAGCAUCGUGGCAGUAGCUGCAGACAAUGUAACAUCGUCAGAUGCUGCUUCUGCUAGUGGAUACACAAGACCGGCACCGGUAACUAACUUUGUUGUUGUCAAUGCUACAUCCUCAACAAUAUACUUAUCAUGGACUGCAGUGCCAGGUGACCAAAUUAGUUAUAGGAUACAGACUGCAGGGCCUUCUAGUUCCAAUAUCACAACAUCUGCAACACGUAUCAGCAUGACAGGACUUGUUUCUGCAUCACAGUACAACUUCAGCAUUUUAGCUGUUGCUGCAGACAGUUCAACAGUUUCAGAUGUAUCUUCCGUCACUGGAUAUACAUCACCUGGCAAUAUAACUCAACCAACUGUUAUCAAUGCCACAGCUACAUCUGUGUUUGUGUCAUGGGGAACACCUCCUGGUAAUCAGAUUUCCUACAGAAUACAGAUUACAGGGCCUCCAUCAUCAUCUCUGACAGUGGCCACUCCUUAUGUCAGCUUGUCAGGACUGAACCCUGGUAGUGCCUACACCAUCACGAUCACUCCUGUAGCUGCAGACAAUGUAACACUGGGGAAUCCAGUCAUGUUGUCCAUAUUUACAAAACCCACAUCUGUGACUAAUUUUACGGUUGUCGGUGUUACAACCUCCUCAGCAUCCUUAUCCUGGACUGCAUCCCAAGGAAGUCAGAUUACCUACAGGGUACAGGUGACAGGACCUACCAGUUCAAACUUUGUAGUAUCUGCACCAAGUGUCAAUGUCACAGGACUGACUGCUGGGUCACAGUACACCUUCAUUGUUACAGCAGUAGCUGCAGACAAUGCAACCACUUCAGAUGUAGUGUCUGUCUCUGGGUAUACAAAACCAACAGCAGUGAGCAACCUUGCAGUUGUCAGUGUGACAGACUCCUCGGCAUCCCUAUCCUGGAAUGCAUCCCAAGGAAAUCAGAUUACCUACAGGGUACAGGCUACAGGGCCUUCCAGUUCAAGCCUUACAGUACUAAUGCCAAACACAACUGUGACAGGACUUGUUUCUGGGUCACAGUACAGCUUCAGAGUUUCAGCAGUAGCUGCAGACAAUGUAACAACAUCAGAUGUAACAUCUGUUUCUGGCUAUACAAAACCAGUGCCAGUAACUAAUUCUGUAGUUGUCAGUGUUACAUCGUCUUCAGCAUACAUAUCCUGGAAUGCAGCACAAGGAAGUCAGAUCACAUACCGAAUACAGACUACAGGACCUACCAGUUCAACCUUUAUUGUAUCAGCAUCAAGUGUUAAUCUCACAGGACUUGUUUCUGGAGCAACAUACAGAUUCAGCAUCACAGCAGUAGCUGCAGACAAUGUAACCGCUUCAGAUGCAGUAACUCUCUCUGGAUCUACAAAACCAACACCAGUGACUAACUUUACAAUUGUCACUGUUACUACCACAUCAGCAUCCUUAUCCUGGAAUGCAUCACAAGGAAGUCAGAUUACAUACAGAGUACAGGCUACAGGAUCUACAUUAAGCCUUACAGUGUCAACACCAAGUGCCACUAUUAUAGGACUUGCUGCUGGGUCACUGUACACCUUCACUGUUACAGCAUUAGCUUCAGACAAUGUAACAGCAGCAGAUGCAGUAUCUGUCUCUGGGUAUACAAAGCCAACACCAGUGAUUAAUGUUGUAGUUAUCAGUGUUACAACAUCCUCAGCAUCAUUAUCCUGGAAUACAUCACAAGGAAGUCAGAUCACAUACAGAGUACAGGUGACAGGACCUACCAGUUCAAACCUUGUAGUAUCUGCACCAAGUGUCAAUGUCACAGGACUGACUGCUGGGUCACAGUACAACUUCAGCCUUACAGCAGUAGCUGCAGACAAUGCAACAAUCUCUGAUAUAACAUCCAUCGUUAGAUACACAAUACCUGCAGCUGCUAAGAAUCUUGUCGCUUCAGCAGCUGGUACAAAUGCUGCUCAUCUGACAUGGUCAGUCCCAGAUGGAAACUAUGCCUCCUUUUUCGUGCAGGUUGUUGGGCCAGUAAAUCAGACAGUCAGCACUGCAAACACAUCUGCUGAUAUUUAUGGCUUGAAGGUGAAAACUAAUUAUACACUCUUAGUAUAUUGUGUGGCUGCAGACAAUACGACCAGAGGACUUCCUGAAACUACUUUCCUGAACAUACCUGCCCCAAGUAAUUGGUGUGCAUUUCAAGAUCCACCUUUGUGCUGUUCUGGCUCGUCCCUUACAUGCCAUCCAGAAAGUGCAUCCUGCUAUUGUGAUGAAGAAUGUCAGUUUUUUGGUGACUGCUGUGAGGACCAUGAAAUGACAUGCCAUAACAUUUAAUACUACAGAAAACAAGGCUAAAAAAGACUGAACUCUGCUUGGAUAAUUCAUCACUAUGAGGAAGAAUUUCAGCUGGUGUUACUAACUUACAAGCAAGAAUAAAUCAGAAGUGCUAAACCUCUUUAUUACAAUUUCAAUGAAGUCACAAGGCUCUACUUUAUGAAAUGAAUCAAAAUCUUUAUAAUUCUUUAUUUUCAUAAAAUGUUCAUUGCUAUUUAUACCUAAGCUGUUUUUUUUUUCUUAUCAGAAUAUGUACAGCUGCUUAAAUGUUUCUUUGCUGUUCUUAUCAUGUUUAUCAUUAUAAAAUAAAAUACAGAUG